CCGACCGUACCACUUUCAAAGCUGCAGAGGGGGGAGACCUCAGCGUGGAAGGGGGCGGGGCUUGCCGUCCCCCUGAGCGCAGUGGGGUGAACAGAGGGAGGGAGGGGAUAGGGGCGGAGCCUGUGUGGUUCGAGCACAGUGCCUACGAGCGCGCGGAGAGCUCCUAUCAGCGCUGGCUGGCGGAUCAGGAGGGCGCCAGAGCGCCUGCCUCGGGUUCGAGCCGUGGCCAUGGCGACGGGGGAGCCUGCCACCGGCAGGUGCAGGCGACGUGGGUGAGCGCGGGCGCCGGCCUGCCGGACUUUGACCCGGGCGAGCGACGCCCCCUCGUGGAGCUGUGGGCCCGCCCGAUCCCGGCCGCCCCCAGACCCGCCGCCGCCGCUUCCCACUUCGGCCGCACCGGGGGCCCCGCCCUUCCCGCCUCUAGCCCCGCCCCCAAGCGCCGGUCCCGUAGCGGCCAGCCCCGUCUCGCCCCCGAGCGCCGGAAGGAAGCCUGGGCGGAGAAACCACCUCAUGACCUGGCGGAGCCUGCCGGCCACGCCCACGCCCAGGGCCACGCCCACAGCCAUGGCCACGCCCAAAACCAGGGCCACGCCCACAGCCAUGGCCACGCCCACGGCCACCACCACUGGAGGAGAGGGGGGGCGCAGAGGGGCAGGGGUCACAGGUGGAACCGGAAGAGGUGGUGCUCAGAGGGGGACGGCGGGUCUCCGUGGCAACAGUACGGCGCUCCCCCUAGCACUAUGAGUGGUGUGCAGUACCUGGCUCAGGAGAGGAUCUGGUUUGAUAAGUCCCGUUAUGACGAGGCUGAGCGGCGCUUCUACGAGGGGGUGAACGGCCCCUCUCACGCGUCACAGGGUGCUGGAGGUAAUUUGAUCCUGCAGGACAUUGCCAGAGCCCGUGAGAAUAUCCAGAAAUCUCUAGCAGGACUGAAGACAGCUGUGCACCCAGGCAGGAGCCCUCACCACCCCAGGGGUCGCCAUGGUAGGCCUACCACAAUGUAUGCUGCAGGUGACCAGGAUGAGCUUGUGACCCGCAUGAGGGGCUUGGAGCUGGAGAACCAGAGUCUACAGAACGUGGUACAGGACCUUCGCUCGGCUCUGUUUAACCUUGAGUCCAGGGUUGCUCUGCUGGAGAGAACACCUGCAGCAGCCUCACCUUUCCAGACCAAUUCAGUCCAACAGCCAAAGGUCCGCGCCCCGGUGGAGGAAGAGGAGGAGGAGGACGAUGAUCUGGACCUGUUUGGCAGCGAUGAAGAGGAUGAGGAGGCGGAGAGAAUCCGUGAGGAGCGGUUGAAAGCGUACGCUGAGAAGAAGGCCAAGAAGCCCGCCCUCAUCGCCAAGUCCUCCAUCCUGCUGGACGUCAAACCAUGGGACGAUGAGACGGACAUGGUGAAGCUGGAGGAGUGUGUGCGCUCUGUUCAGGCGGACGGCCUGCUCUGGGGCUCCUCUAAGCUGGUCCCGGUGGGCUACGGCAUCAAGAAGCUGCAGAUCCAGUGCGUGGUGGAGGACGACAAGGUGGGGACGGACAUGCUGGAGGAGGAGAUCACCAAGUUCGAGGACUACGUCCAGAGUGUGGACGUUGCUGCUUUCAACAAGAUCUGACCCCCCCUUCCCCCCUACAGACACUGUUAUUGCAGCUGCAACACGGUUACCAAUAAAGAGCUGAGCUCAAA